GCUGUGGGUCGUCGGCGGCGUACUUGCUGCAAAGCCUUCCCAUGCACAACGCAGCAUGUCCAUCGGAUACGUACUUUCAUAAAGUAGAGGUAACAGCAAGUCGGGGUGCCCGGCAAACCGAGCGACGUGCGGUGCUGCCGACACCCCUGUGA